AUGGCCCAGCCAGGACUCAGAGCAGUGGUGACCCCUGGUGGACAUAAGGAGGUCUGCUGCCCCUUCCUCGGGGAUUUUAUGGCAAAAACCAUCGACAGGAAAAAAAAACACCCAGAUACUUUUGAACCCCAAAAAUUCUUCCAGACAUCAGGCCUCUCCAAGAUGUCAGCCAGCCAGGUAAAGGACGUUUUCCGAUUCAUAGACAAUGACCAGAGUGGAUACCUGGAUGAAGAAGAGCUUAAGUUUUUCCUCCAGAAGUUUGAGAGUGGUGCUAGAGAACUGACCGAGUCAGAAACCAAGUCCUUGAUGGCUGCUGCAGAUAAUGAUGGAGAUGGAAAAAUUGGAGCAGAUGAAUUCCAGGAAAUGGUGCAUUCUUAAAGGCGCCAGUCUAUGGAGAAAAGAGAGGAAGGGACAAUCAUCUGGAAGGCCUCCAAAGCCCCAGGAAUGGGAAACUCCACACCCUACCCAUAACUUAUUUAAUUCCCCCUGAAAGGCUUCCGCAAUGUGCU